CCAUAUUGCAAAUUCUUAUUUACUUCUUUCUUUUCUUUUCUUUUUUCUCUAUCAUCUUCCACCUCAUAACCUUUUACAAAAUGGGUUCAACAGGCGAAACCCAGAUGACUCCUACUCAGGUAUCAGAUGAAGAAGCAAACCUGUUCGCCAUGCAACUGGCCAGCGCAUCGGUGCUACCUAUGGUCCUUAAAUCAGCUAUUGAGCUAGACCUACUGGAAAUCAUGGCUAAAGCUGGUCCUUCUGCAUUUCUUUCCCCAUCUGAGAUCGCCUCUCAGCUACCCACAAAGAACCCUGAUGCUCCGGUCAUGUUGGAUCGUAUCCUGAGGCUUCUGGCUAGCUACAACGUUCUUACUUGCUCUUUGAGAACUCUUCCGGAUGGGAAAGUUGAGAGGCUUUAUGGGUUAGCUCCUGUCUGCAAAUUCUUGAUUAAGAAUGAAGAUGGUGUCUCUAUUGCUCCUCUUUGCCUCAUGAAUCAGGAUAAAGUCCUCAUGGAAAGCUGGUAUUAUUUGAAAGAUGCAGUUCUAUUGGGAGGCAUCCCAUUUAACAAGGCUUAUGGAAUGACAGCAUUCGACUAUCAUGGUACAGAUCCAAGAUUCAACAAGGUUUUUAACAGGGGAAUGUCCGACCACUCUACCAUUACCAUGAAGAAAAUCCUCGAGACUUACAAAGGCUUUGAGGGUCUCACUUCAGUUGUUGAUGUUGGUGGUGGAACUGGAGCGGUACUUAGCAUGAUCGUCUCUAAAUACCCUUCAAUUAAGGGUACCAACUUUGAUUUGCCUCAUGUAAUUGAGGAUGCUCCUUCCUUUCCUGGCGUGGAGCAUGUUGGUGGAGACAUGUUUGCUAGUGUGCCUAAAGGAGAUGCCAUCUUCAUGAAGUGGAUAUGCCAUGACUGGAGUGAUGAACACUGCUUAAAUUUUUUGAAAAACUGUUAUGAUGCACUGCCAGCAAAUGGGAAGGUGAUCGUUGCCGAAUGUAUUCUUCCAGUGGCACCAGACAGCAGCCUUGCUACAAAAGGAGUCAUUCACAUUGACUGCAUCAUGUUGGCUCAUAACCCAGGUGGGAAAGAGAGGACAGAGAAAGAAUUUGAGGCAUUAGCUAAGGGAGCUGGGUUUCAAGGGUUCCAAGUAAUGUGUUGUGCUUUUAAUAGCUAUGUCAUGGAAUUCCUCAAGAAGGCCUAAGGAACUAAGUCUUUGAUUUUUUUUCUUUUGGUGUCUAGAUUAUACACAGUAUUUUGCUAUUUAACAUUUGAAGUUGUGAAUUGAGAUUCUCAUAGUAAAUGUGUUUCUGCCAUGGCAACAAAUAAGAUGUUAUUAUAUGGUCCUUGUAAUAAAUAAACUUACUUCAAAAAAUGUUGGUUUUGUUGGAA